AUGGCUAUGCUGAACAGCACGAGCAUCGCAGUUGCAAUGGUUGGCAACUUCGAGAAGCCGCACGCCCCCUUGGACACAGAUGCGAAGCGGGACCUGGCUGAUUGCUUCGAACUUAUGAAGGAAGUUUUCACGCAGAUCAGCGUGGAAGAUGGCCAUGAUGAUGUGAAGGAGGCAUUGGCGUUCUUGCGCACUUGCCUGUACACCGUGCGUUUCAUCCUGCUCGGCUGGGCCAUCGAUGACACGAAGCACAUGCAGUCUGACAUGCUUGUCCUACCUGCUGCCUCUCGAUGGUCGGUUUUGCACCCAUGCCGAGCAGUUUUCCAAAGAGAGCUUCUGUCAGUGCUGCGCUUCAUUGACAAGCACCAGGCUUACUUUGUCGACCAGCCAUGGGCUUGGAUGCUCAGCGUACGACAGCUGCUAGAGCCGAACUUGACCCCGCAGAUGUCCGAAGUGCUGGAGUUCGAGACGGGCAUGCCACCGAGUCCACAGCACAGCGCUGCACUGUCUGAGGGGGAGCAUGCCGUUGCCGAACCUUCCGAGGAUGCGGUGGCCCAGCCUGCUCCGUCUUCGACCCCCUGCGAGAACACGAACAACUGCAAGUUGCACGAUGGAUCGAUCAAUCUUCUGCCAUCGACUCGGUGGGGGUCCUUUGUGAGUGGCCAUCGCUUCCCGAAGGUGCUUGCCUCUUACCUUGAACAGCGUUUGGAGUACGAGCAACAAUUGCAGAACUAUCACAAGUCUCUACUGACCGAGUGCGAGAAUCCCUACGUAGACGUGGACUACUUGAAGUCGAAAAUGGAUGGUCGGUCUUCCUCUUCAAGCGCUAUGACUUCAGAGAAUGCAAACUCUCUACGCACACAAUGGAAAAACUUGCCAGAAGACGUCAAGUUGCAGUACCGUGGGCGACGUGACUGGGAAAGCACCACGUACGGCAUCAAGCGCACUCGCGCUGGCGUUCGCAAAGACGCGAUGCACCGGUCACAAUGA